GCGCGGCUCGGCUCGGCUCGGCGCGGCGCGGAGCAUGUCGGCGCUGCGGCGGAAGCUGGGGGACGAGUACCAGGUGGUGAGCACCUCGGCUAGCGGCGCGGGGCUGCCGCCGCCGCGCGCGGCGCCGCGGGGCAAGCGGCAGCGCUUCGUGGACAAGAACGGGCGGUGCAACGUGCAGCACGGGAACCUGGGCGGCGAGACCAGCCGCUACCUCUCCGACCUCUUCACCACCCUGGUGGACCUCAAGUGGCGCUGGAACCUCUUCAUCUUCAUCCUCACCUACACCGUGGCCUGGCUCUUCAUGGCCUCCAUGUGGUGGGUUAUCGCCUACAUGCGGGGCGACCUCAACAAGGCGCACGAUGACAGCUACACCCCCUGCGUGGCCAACGUCUACAACUUCCCUUCCGCCUUCCUCUUCUUUAUAGAGACUGAGGCCACCAUCGGCUAUGGGUACCGCUACAUCACGGACAAGUGCCCCGAGGGCAUCAUCCUCUUCCUCUUCCAGUCCAUCCUGGGCUCCAUUGUGGAUGCCUUCCUCAUUGGCUGCAUGUUCAUCAAGAUGUCCCAGCCCAAGAAGAGGGCCGAGACGCUGAUGUUCAGCGAGCACGCGGCCAUCUCCAUGCGGGACGGCAAGCUCACCCUCAUGUUCCGGGUGGGCAACCUGCGCAACAGCCACAUGGUCUCCGCGCAGAUCCGCUGCAAGCUGCUCAAGUCUCGACAGACGCCCGAGGGCGAGUUCCUGCCGCUUGAUCAGCUUGAACUGGAUGUAGGUUUCAGCACCGGGGCCGAUCAACUUUUCCUGGUUUCCCCGCUUACAAUCUGCCACGUGAUAGAUGCCAAAAGCCCCUUCUAUGACCUGUCCCAGCGGAGCAUGCAGACGGAGCAGUUCGAGAUCGUCGUCAUCCUAGAGGGCAUUGUGGAAACAACGGGGAUGACGUGCCAGGCCAGAACAUCGUACACGGAGGAUGAGGUGCUCUGGGGUCAUCGGUUCUUCCCGGUUAUUUCCUUGGAAGAAGGAUUCUUCAAAGUUGAUUAUUCCCAGUUCCACGCGACGUUUGAAGUCCCGACGCCGCCUUACAGCGUGAAAGAGCAAGAAGAAAUGCUCCUGAUGUCCUCGCCCUUGAUAGCCCCCGCUGUGAGCAACAGCAAAGAGAGGAAUAAUUCCGUGGAGUGCCUGGACGGGCUGGACGAAGUGGGCACAAAACUGCCUUCAAAACUGCAGAAAAUAACUGGGCGGGAAGACUUCCCCAAAAAACUCUUACGGAUGAGUUCAACGACCUCUGAGAAGGCCUACAGCAUGGGUGACCUGCCCAUGAAGCUCCAGCGAAUAAGCUCAGUUCCUGGGAAUUCGGAGGAGAAACUGGUUUCUAAGACCACCAAGAUGCUCUCGGAUCCCAUGAGCCAGUCGGUGGCUGACCUGCCGCCCAAGCUCCAGAAGCUCUCCGGGGGCGGCGGCGGCAGGAUGGAAGGCCACCUCCCGCCCAAACUCAGAAAAAUGAAUUCUGACCGGUUUACAUAACUUCCCUAGGCGUCCGGGCGCGAGGGAAAGCUGGAGCUGCCGCCAGAGGCGGCGGGGCGGGGAGGCAGGCCCGCCGGAAGAGUGCAUUCGCUGAAUUACGUGUUCCCGGCACUGCGCGCGACCGGGGGGAGCGGCCCCCAGCUAACGGUGACCGUCCGUGUGUGCAAGUCUGCUGCUGUGACUGAAGACGCAACGUCCUGCUCGGGGUAAUCGCAGCGCUGAUGUUAACUGGCAUGUAGUAGCACCACACGCAUGCAAUAAUAGUGUGCAAUUUUUGCAUAUAGUUUUAUGGCAUGAUUCCGACUGUAUUUAUACUGUAUAUUCUGAACAAUAUGUAAAGGGGUGUUCCUUGCCCCUGUAUUUCUUAAGAGUAAAAGUAGUAGGUAAAACAUGCGAGUGGGUAACUUUCAGGUAAGUUAUAACUUGAUUUGAAAAAUAUUUAUUUUUUUUCUGCUGUAGUUUGUGAUGUUUUGUUCAACAAAGUAGUUACGGUGCAUGUUUUUUCCUUAAAAGAAGGGUUGUGCGUAUUAGUUAAUUACUAACACCAGAUCUGCUAGCCUUAAAUUAACUGCUAGCUUCUCUUUUGCUUUAAUAUUUUCUUGGGUUUAUAUCUUUUCCUGCCUCUAGGUUACUGGAAAAAAUUAAAAUGUAUUUCAUAAGGCACUGCUUAAAAACGGAUUAUUAAGGCUAGAGGAAAAAGAAAAUAAACAGAUGAAUAAAAUGUACGCUUUAGCUAUAAUUAGUAAAACUUACUUAAAACUGAAUUCUGUUCACAACUGUUAACAUAUAAGUUAAAGAAAAAAACAUUUUAAAGCAACGACACGCGCUCGCUCGCAGCAGCGCACCGGAAGAAUCCUGGGGACACUACUUCCUUCUCGCGGGGAAGGGCUGCGUGGGACGAGGCGCGAGGACCGCGGCGCUGCCCCGGGGGCGGCGGGAGUGGUGCUCGCCUCCGGCGUUUUUCCACGGGCCGUAGUAAUUUGAGUGGCACUGCAUGCUUUUUACACCUUCGGCUAAACUUAAGUCCUUUGCACGUUGCUGUCGAGGGGAGGCGUCUGUGUGAUUCCCUGCGUGCUGGUACUGUGCUCUGGGUGCGUGAGGAGCAAAUUUCUAAUGGUGGAAGAUUAAAAAAAAAAAAAAAAUCUGAAGUUUUUUCCCCCGUUUGCUAACACGUGCUGAGGUUUACUUGUAAAAUACCUUUUUUUUCCCCCCCACGACGUGCAAAUUGCCGCCUCGAGCGGCGGGGCAGAGCGCCGAGAGCGGCCGGGGCUGCGCGAGCCCGGCGGAGGCGACGGCGGAGGCGGCACCUCCGGCGUGCCGGGACCGCAGGCGCGCCGCAGCCCGCACAGAGCGACCCGGAAAACGGGCGAGACCCGGCGGCGGGGGCAGUACUCUCGCUUGCCUUGAAUUAAUUCCACGGAAACUGCGCAGCUGCGACGACGUCACGGGUUGGCCGUCCUGCUCGCCCGGCCUCGCUGGCGCGCGGGUUGCAGUCUGCUCGGUACAGCAAGGUCAAAACACGUCUUUCGUAACCGGAGCGACGGUGCAAACGUGGAUGGUACCUUUUUUAGUAACUCAUCCCUGGAAGUUAUUUCUCAUUAAUAUUUCAUUUUGAUUCAUGUUGCCGCUUCUUGUUGCCUCUAAUUAACAUUUUCACGCAGCCCCGACGCUUAAGCUGAGAAAAAAAAGUAGUCAUCUGAUUGCACAGCCGGUCUGUGUUCUCUGCUGCUGAAGUUAUGCUUGAAUUAUAGUGUAAAUUGUACAUACCCAAAUUAGAGUAACUAAAUGCAUUUUCUGGCAUGCAGUCUAUAACUGUAUAAAUGUACAAGUCUAUUUGAAUUAUACAGAAUAACAAACUCUCUUGUAUUCAUUAAUACUGCAAGCUCAGUUUUAUCUAAAGCUAUAUUAAACUUUAAAAAGUUGUUGGGUUUAA